AUCUAUGCAAGGCAGCUUGCUAAUCUCCGGCAUGGGCAUGCGCUCUGGGAGCCUGAUGUCAAUGACCCCAAUUGUGGUGUGGCUGUUGGGGAUGUGGGAUUCCUUCGUCAGGACGUUUUCGUCCGUCUUCUCAAUGCUCUGCUUCCUGCGGAUGAUCCGUCGCACGAAGCGCACGGUGUUCCUGGGGACUUCAGACCGCUCGCUAUCCCGAGUGAAAAAAUGCUUUCCAACUUUCGUAGGAAUCAGAUAAUCAUGCCAGAAAGCGGCCUGAAGCUCUCCUUUUCUGAAGAGGAAGGUGCAACACUCAUUUUGUUGAACCGAGCCCAGAGGACGGAUACCUUCAAAUUGGGUUCUUUCCGCGAGCACAUGCUCCAUAACUGCCGCGACUCGCUAAGAUUCGCAAAUGAGCAAUGCGGCUUCGAAAUCACCCUUACCGACGUCUUCUUUGUUACUGGGUACGAUAAGACGACGCACUGGGCAGUCACGGCAUUUUCAAGC